GAGGGGAAGACAUUUCCAGAGGGACAGUGGUUACUUCCGGUUGUCGGUGAAAUUAAGUCAGACCGUCAAAACAUCACCCACAUGCAAAGAAAAACAUAUUCCAACAGAGUGAUAUGAAAUGACAGUUAUUCUACAAAGUUAUGCAUCGAUGCAAUGUUUACAUAUAAUUAACUACCUGACAGAAAAGCACUUUCUCAGGCUUUCAUUGGCGAAGGGGCGAAGUUAAACGGUCUUGGUUGUCAUUUGGGAACACUCGUGUGUUGAAAGCACAUGUGCUCUUGAGGAUGUGGAGGGCAGGACGUGUCCCGAGCUGGAGGGUGACAGCCAGACUCUGUUCCAACAAGCCACCGACACCUUCCUGCUCCUCUUCACCUCAGUCAAACUGCUCUCCACGGCCCCACGCAGAGAAGCAGCGGCGGAGACGACAGCGGGAAGAGGCCAUACUGUCAAGUCAACGCAGUACUGCUGAAGAUGAAGCAGUGACAUGGCGUGAGAAGCAGAAGAUCGUGUACGCUGCUCAAACACCACCAGGGACAAAGAAAGACACCAGCUUGCUGCUCCCAUCCUCAUACUGUCCAGAGUAUGUGGAAUCCAGCUGGUAUCAGUGGUGGGAGAAAGAGGGAUUCUUUCGUCCAGAACAACAUGAGAGGUUGUCUCACCGUGUGGAUCAGACCUUUGCUCUGUGUAUCCCUCCACCAAAUGUGACUGGCACUCUGCACCUGGGCCACGCUCUCACUGUAGCUGUGGAGGACGCUCUGGUUCGACGGAGGAGGAUGCAGGGCUACAGAGUCCUGUGGGUCCCUGGAUGUGACCAUGCAGGUAUUGCAACACAGACGGUGGUGGAGAGGAGACUGCUGAGGGACGGAGGGAAGCGCAGACAGGACUUCACCAGGAAACAGUUUCUACGUGAGGUGUGGAAAUGGAAGAACGAGACAGGAGAAGAGAUCUACCACCAGCUGAGGAGGCUCGGAGCUUCACUGGACUGGAGCAGAGCCUGUUUCACCAUGGAUCCAGGUUUCAGCAGGGCUGUGACAGAGGCCUUUGUCAGGCUGAGUGACUCCGGUCUGAUUUAUCGCUCCGAGGCUCUGGUCAACUGGAGCUGUGCUCUGGAAUCUGCCAUAUCUGACAUAGAGCCUGUGGAUUGCUGUCAGGUGGACUCCCAGGAGCUGUCUGGACAGACCAUGCUGUCUGUUCCUGGUUAUAAAGACAAGGUGGAGUUUGGAACCAUGCUUACAUUCGCCUACCCUUUAGAAGGUCACGAUGGAGAGGUGGCGGUGUCCACCACCCGUCCUGAGACCAUGCUGGGAGAUGUGGCUGUAGCUGUUCACCCUGACGAUCCCCGGUAUCAGGCUGUUCAUGGGAAGCAUUGCAGACACCCCUUCACCAACCGACUCCUGCCCAUUAUCACUGACUCCGUGGUGGACAUGGAGCUAGGAACUGGUGCAGUGAAGGUGACUCCUGCUCAUGACCAUACUGACUUCCUGCUGUCACAGAGACAUGCACUGCCACGCCUUACUGUGAUUGGAGGAGAUGGGACCAUGACUCCGCCCUGUGGACAAUGGCUUGAGGGAGUGAAGCGGUUUGAUGCCAGACAGCUUGUUGUGGAUGCCCUGGUUGAGAAGAGGCUGUUCAGAGGAAAGCAGAAUCACGCCAUGACUUUACCCGUCUGCAGCCGCUCAGGAGACAUCAUUGAACCUCUUCUAAAGAAGCAGUGGUUUGUUAGCUGUGAAGAAAUGGCUAAAAAAGCUAUCCAGGUUGUGGAGGAUGGACAGCUGGAAAUCAUCCCUCACCACUACACCAAGACAUGGAAGAACUGGCUGUCCAACAUCAGUGAUUGGUGCAUUUCCAGGCAGCUUUGGUGGGGUCAUCAGAUCCCUGCUUACCAAGUGGAGUUUCCUAAUUCUACUGCCAAACAAGAGGAGCAGUGGGUUUGGGGACAGAGCGAGGACGAGGCCCGACAAAGAGCUGCUGUUAAAUAUGGAGUGAAGCCGGAAGACAUCACUUUGACUCAGGACCCUGAUGUCCUGGAUACGUGGUUCUCCUCUGGGCUAUUUCCUUUUGCAAUGCUUGGCUGGCCUGAGCAGACCACGGACCUUCAGUGUUUCUACCCCAGUUCUAUUCUGGAGACGGGCAGUGACCUCAUUUUCUUCUGGGUGGCGAGGAUGGUGAUGCUGGGCACAGAGCUGACUGGACAGCUGCCCUUUAAACAGGUUCUCCUUCACUCCCUGGUGAGAGAUAGACAUGGCAGGAAGAUGAGUAAAUCUCUGGGAAAUGUCAUUGACCCAUUAGAUGUUAUACAUGGAGUCUCUCUGGAGAGACUUCAAGAGAAGGUGAAGGAGGGAAACCUCGACCCCAGGGAGCGGCUGGUUGCCAUGGAAGCUCAGAGGAAAGACUUCCCCAAAGGGAUCCCUCAGUGUGGGACUGAUGCUCUGAGGUUCGCCCUCUGCUCUCACAAGAUGCAGGGAGAAGACAUCAGUCUGUCCAUCUCUCAGGUCCUGAGCUGCAGACACUUCUGUAAUAAAAUGUGGCAGACGCUGAAAUUCACACUGGGAGUGCUGGGUGACAACACAACACCAGUGGCAACACUGGGAGAGACGAGUGCUCUGAGCAGCUUGGACCGCUGGAUCUGCUCCAGACUCUACAGCACUGUAGCAGAGUGUGAGCAGGCCUUUGAGACCUACGAGCUGCAUGUUGUCACGUCUGCCCUGUACUCCUUCUGGGUCCACAGCCUAUGUGACGUCUACAUGGAGCAUGUGAAGCCUGUGCUGCUCCAGCAGGAGGAGGAGGCAGUGGUCCACGCUGACACAGAGCACCAUGUCAGAGCGAGGCAGGUGGCCACCAGUAUCCUCUAUCACUGUGUGUCUAUGUCUCUGGCCCUGCUCUCCCCCUUCAUGCCCUUCAUCACUGAGGAGCUGUGGCAGAGACUCCAGCCAUUCGGACCCGGAGCUGCUGCCCAGACCCCUCUGUGUUUACAGCCAUACCCCUGCUCCUCUCAGCUGGCACACUGGCAUUUCCCUGAAGAGGAAAGGGAUUUCCAACUGGUGCAGGAAGUGAUGCGAGUGGCUCGCUCACUACGAGCCCAGUGUGGCAUGACCAAAGAAAAACCUGCCAUGUGGGUAGUGUGUUCCCCCAGCCAGGCCCAGGUCCUCCUUCACUUUGGGUCAGCUGUUUGGACUUUAAGCAGGAUCUCCAGCCUCCAUAUCUACUGUCCGCAUGGAGUGGACCAAGAGGAGCUCCACUCCAUCCCUCCACCUACAGGGAGCCUCAUCGGAGUGGUGGACCACACAUGUCAGCUACACCUUCACAUCCAGAGUGGAGUGAACAUUGAUAAACGGAUGCUGCUGCAGCUCAGCCAGCGCAGAGACAAGAUUGUUCCAAAGCUGGAGACAAUCCUCUGCAGAGUCCGGUCUCCAGACUACCUGACCAAGGUUCCUGCUCAUGUCAGGCAGCAGAUGGACACUAAGACAUCAGCCCUGCAGCAGGAACUGAAGACAAUUGAGGACCAGCUGAAGGUCCUGCGACAGACUCAAACAACAGAAUAACUACAGCCAAAGAGCAUUACAGUGACUGUGGACAUGGUGAAUUAUUGAUAAUGUUGUCUGAACUGGAGAUUUCUACACUGCUUGAGUGAAGGAGUCAUUGUAAUGCCAGUGUCAAACGUGAUACUGCAGUACUGUCCUGUGCUGCAUGAUCAACGAUGGAGUUGUGGCCGGCUGGAGGCUGUUAAUCCUUCAUAUUGAUCAUUGUUUUAAAAAUAAAUGUGUCUUUGCUAAA